GCAUUUACAAUACUAGUACAAAGAGAGAGGAUCAGUGUUAUCGGCGCUCUGCUCUGUGUGACUGAAUGGUGUCCUGGAGAGAGUUGACAGCGGCAGUAACAGCAUAAGCACAUGACUGGCACACGCAAGACAAGAGGUCAGGAUGAUUAGUAGAUCGCAGAAGAAAUCAAGUAUCGGCAGUGGUAGACAGAAGCAGGAGAUUCUUAGCAAUGGCUGCGUCCUUACUGUCAUUUGUUGUUCGCGGGCUCCGUAUCUUCAGCAGCUCCCAUGCGUCACUGCCAGGCUGCAGGCGUAUUCUUACCCGUCCUCCAUUUAGGCCAGUUCCCGGGGCCGAUUCUAAUGUGGAGAGUGAUGCAGAGUCGGAGGAGGAUGAAGAGCGGGCUAUAGAGAGCGCACUGAAGAGGAGGCAGAAGGCAAUCUUGUUGAAACGAAUGAAAAGACAAUUGGAGCCCCCUGGACCACCUGAGAGGCGCCUCACCUGGAAUGCAAUCGAGCAAAUAAAGUAUCUGAGACAGGAGUUCCCUGAAGAGUGGACAUUGCAACGAUUGGCUGUGGGUUUUAAUGUUAGCACUGAUGUCAUAAAGAAAGUACUGAAGUCAAAAUUUGUACCACCUGAGGUACGGAAAAUGAAGCAGGAUGCCUCGGUUUCCAAACUUUUAGGACAAAUCUCUACAGGCUCAAGAAUUGAUCAUUUACAACUAAGGUCUCCUGCUAAAGAUUCAGCACAACAGUUAUUACCAUUUGGGGGGGAUGAGAGUCGGCUGCUGGUCAGUCAGUCAUCCCAAGUUCUGCCUCCUCCAAAGACAUCAGACUCUUCUCUGGUAACUUUGAGGUCAGGGAGUCCACAAAAUAAUGUGCCGAAAUCUCUUGUCCGAAAACAAGAGUCACAAAAUGCUAUGCCAGGAGUUAUCUCUGCUGUGUCUGAAGUGAGUCUCGCCACAAGUGGUAUGGUAGAACCAGCUCAAAGUGCACCUGUGGAACCAGACCAGGUCGUGCUGAACGAGAAAUGGGAUGGUGAAGUAUUAAGUGAUCAUCAACUGGAAGACCUGGCAAACAGUGGCCUUCAGAACAGUAUGAAAGUUGAACAAAAAGGGAGAGAGUUUUUUGACAGUAAUGGGAAUUUUCUUUACCGUAUUUGAGUUUUUAUUCAAUAUAAAUAUGUAUAUACAGUAGUUACUGAUUUAUUACAUGGAUAUGACUUAUUUUGAUAAACAUUAAAAACUGUAUUCUGCU